AUGGGGAUCCCGGGUGUCGAUGUGGGACGUAGCGCUGAUGGGGCGCUCCUUGUUCGAGUCCGGGACUCCGGCCCUGAGGGGAAGAAGGCCGACGCUCUGGCGGAGCGCCUGAGGGCUGUAUUGCCAGAUGCGGUUGUUAACCGGCCUGUGCAGCGCGGGGAGGUCCGCCUCACUGGUUUUAAUGAGGCGGCCUCCCCAGAAGCGGUCAAGAUGGCGUUGGCAGGAUGCGCGGAAUGUGCGCCGGAGGCCAUCCAGCUCGGUCCUCUGAGGUGGGGACUCAGAGGCCGAGGGGUUGCAUGGGCCAGGCUCUCUCUGGUGGCGGCUGUUAAGACCGUCAAGAGGGGCGGCUUUGCGCUGGGCUGGUCGGCCGUCAGCAUUGUUUUGCUGGCGGCCAGGCCGGCCCAGUGCUUUAAAUGCUGGGGCCUGGGCCACACCCGUGGUGGUUGUGUGGCCACCGUGGUUCGCGGUGGCCUGUGCUACCGGUGUGGGCAGGGCGGACAUACCUCACGGGAGUGCAAGGGCACCCUGUGUUGUGCGGUUUGUCAUGAUGCCGAACGAGAGGUCGGUCACCGCAUGGCAGGGCCUGCGUGUUGGCUGGCCUCCCGGCGGAGGGGGGCGGGGCGUAGUCGUGGACCUCCCAACGCGGGACCCGUGGGAACCGGCGUCGGAUGGCGUCCGCAACAGGGGUGGGAGUAUUAUAACUAUUAG